ACAGCAACAUUAACAUCCCGUAAGUGCGGUCGCGAGGUGAAAGCAGCUGGUGAAGGACAUCAAAAUCUUGGACAAAUCACUUGUCGAUGUACUUUAUUUGAGGAAAUUCAACAAUUGAGAUGUAUGCAAAAACGACUGAAGACUUGAAUGGUAGUAAUGAUGACUUGAUACCUCCGAGAAUGCCAGACAACGCGUUUGGCUACGCACAAUUGCAAUUAGGCGCUGAUGAAGUAAACACCGGGAACGCUCCAUAUUCCGUUGUCUUCAAUGGCAGUCCUGGAAGAACCAAAAAGAAAAACCGCCAAAUAAUUGUCACGCUGCUGCUGAUUCUGCUUGGGUUGCUUUGUGUUGUAUUUAUUGCUCUCUAUGUCUCAAAAUCAAAAGAGCUUGACUCGCUAAAAGGCGCAAGGCCUACAGACAAAAAGUUUUGCUUAACACCUGGGUGUAUAGAUGCUGCAAGCUUUAUGCAAAGUGCAAUGGACAAGACUGCAAAACCGUGCGACAACUUUUAUCAAUAUGCAUGUGGCGGCUGGAUAUCAAAGCAUCCUAUCCCGGAGAAGGAGUCACGUUGGGGCGUAGGUUCAGUGCUUAUGAACGAAAAUCUUUACGCUUUGAGGCACGCUCUUGAAGAACAUGACCGUACGAAGACAAGACCUGCGAACAAAGAAGAUGCUGAGUUGAAAGCAAAACAGUUCUAUAAAGCAUGCAUGCAGAAAGAAGCCAUAAACAAGCUUGGCAAGGCUCCGUUGAUCGAAGUGCUUAAAAAGUUUGAUGAGGUUGGGAGUAAAGGUAGAGAUAAGAAGACAGUGCUAAAGGAAUAUCUGGUUAUGUUGAAUAGAAACUUCAGUAUCAGUGCGCUUUUUAACACCUUCGUUGAAGUUGAUGCCAGGAACUCGUCUCUUCAUAGGAUUCAGAUAUCUCAAUCAGGACUUGGACUUACACAAAGCCGUUAUGCAGCUAAUAUGACAGACAAGGUUAUUUCUGCAUACAUCAAUUAUAUGACCAAAAUUCAUUUGCUUCUUGGAGCUGGAAAUGUGACAAAAUUAGGAUCCCAGAUGGAAGAUGUAUUUAACUUUGAGAAAAGUUUAGCAAAGAUCUUCGUGCCUAGGGAAAAUAUGACCGAAAUUAACAAGAUUUAUAACAAAAUGACAAUUGGUGAAUUCACAAAAAUCUGCAACAUGAUCGAUUGGCUUAGCUUUUAUCAAGAAGCAUCUUUAGGCCUAGCGAAGAUCACAAGCGACACAGAAAUCAUUGUCCUUGCUAAGCCUUACCUGGAAAAACUUUCUGGUUUAAUUGAAAAGACAGAUUUUAAUGUAGUACUCCUUUAUGUUCAUUGGAGACUGUACGCUUCCCUUGCUCCAUAUUUGUCGGAUGAAUUCACUAACGCGAGAAAAGAGCUUGACAUAGCAUCAGUUGGUUCACAUUUGGAACAACCUAGAUGGAAGACAUGCGUUGAACAGACAGACGGUGUUAUUGGCUUCGCGAUUGGAUCGAUCUUUGUCAAGCGUAAAUUUAGAGGGAAAAGCAAGUCAGUGGCUGCCAACUUAGUUGAGGAACUUCGACGUGCUUUUAUCGCAAGCUUACCUCGCAUAGAGUGGAUGGACGAUGAAACUCGCAGAGCAGCUAAGGAGAAGGCCCUAGCUGUGUUCCCAAAAAUUGGCUACCCAGAAAAAAUCAUGGAUCCAGAAAAGUUAACUAGGAUGUAUCAAGGAGUACAAUUUUCAGAAACAAGCUUUUUUCAAAAUAUGCUGAAUUACAGAGAGUGGAUGGCGAAGGAAAACAUUAUCCAACUGACAAAACCUGUAGAUAAAACGGUAUGGUACAUGACUCCUUCGACCGUGAAUGCUUAUUAUGAUGCAACACGAAAUCAAAUAGUAUUUCCUGCUGGUAUUUUGCAGCCGCCAUAUUACGACAUACGAUAUCCAAUGUCAGUGAAUUUCGGUGGAAUUGGUGCUGUCAUCGGACACGAACUUCUUCAUGGCUUCGAUAACUCUGGUCGUCUUUAUGAUAAAAAUGGAAAUUCGGGCAAGCUUUGGUGGACCAAACAUGCCGUGGAAGAGUUCAAAAAGAAAGAAAAAUGCUUUAUCGACGAGUAUGGACAAUACGUUAUCAAGGGAAAGCACAUCAAUGGGAAAGUAACAUUGGGUGAGAACAUUGCCGAUAAUGGUGGUUUAAAGGCAGCUUAUAAUGCUUACAAGGCAUGGGUUAAGAAGAAUGGAGAAGAGCCAAUUCUUCCUGGACUCGAUGCAACUCAUGACCAGUUGUUCUUCAUAUCGUUUGGCCAGUCGUGGUGUACCAGCGCCCGCACUGCUGCUCUUUUGGACCAAUUAGAUACGGACUCACAUUCGCCCGCUAUGGAUAGGGUUCUUGGCUCAAUAUCAAAUUCGGCGGAGUUUGCAAAAGUUUUCAAGUGUCCGGCCGGAAGCAAAUAUAACCCAAAGAAAAAGUGCAAUAUAUGGUAGAAGCUUGCUGGUCAAUGACUGUCCAUGAUGUGAGCAUCUAGUUCUAAUCAUAAGUUUUAAUCAUUGAUUUUAGCUCGGUAGCCCAUGUGGCUGCAGCCUACUCGUGACGUCACUCGACCAACUCUUAUUUGUAGUGUUGAAGAAAUUAUUGCUAAACUGUGUUUUUGGCACAUAAAUUUUGAUUUCUACUAGGUGGGCUUUCAGUAUAGUCAUCAUACUGAUUUCCUAUACGAUUUUAGAUCUCGUAAUUGAAAGCGUUGAGCAUUUGACCGUCUUUGGAGUAAUUUGUAGGCUAGUUACAACACAACCUUUGGUUCUUAUGUCCAAUAGGGUCUAACAUGUAACACGUUCCUACUGAAAUAUUAUGAUAUUAUUAUUGAUAAAUUCAUGAUAAAUUCAUGAUAAAUUCAACACACUAAUACACUCUGCUGUCGAAAUUCCACUUGUACAGCACCAAUGUGUAAUAUGAACCGUAAAUCUAACAAUAUGAACUCAACUUUGAGCUUUUUUGUGUUAUUUCAGCUCAAACCCAAACAAAUUACAAGCUUUGCAAAAGAAAUUCCUCUGGCCUAAUCGAUUUGUUAGUUGAGUUUAUAAUAGCGGAUUUCUUUUCUGUUGAGCACGGAUUCAUUAUUGUUCUCAGGAGAAAUAUCGGUUCAAGUAGCCAUGGUUAACGGAAUGUUUGUUGCACAUUUUUAGGAAACCAAGUCCGGACUAAUGAGAAUUAAGGGCCUUCAUAGUCUUGGUUCAUUGUCACGGAUUGCCGUGUAAUGAUAAUCUCUAAAGGGUAUCUUGCUAGAAUUCACUUGUUUGUCUGUUGGAAAUAAAGGUGCUAAAAAAUUAGUUCUGACGCAGCUAAAAACAAUCCAUUCAUUUGCGCAAAUGGAAAUAAGGUUACACGUGAUGGCUCAGGAUUUCAACAGUGCAAACUACAGUGAAUACAAUACUUUAUGAAAUAUGUCUCCUGUUAUGCAAUCAUUUCCUGGAAUAUACUAGCACGUAAAGAAUGUAAAUACGCAUGUUGACUUAGGUGACUGGUGAAUCGAUCUAAAAGGGUAACGUGUAAAUUGCAAUGUAAAAAUGGAAUCUUGUGCGGUGUGAUGAAUAGGUGAAACAAACAUAAAGUACUUUUUCAAGGAAUAGGUGAAAGUCAUAAGGUCAAUAAGAAGUAGAUUACUUGGUAUGUUACGUAACCUAUGACCAGUUCAGUAUUACCCGUCGUUCCAUUGAGGGUUGUGCUCUUUACCGUAUAUGGAAUGGCUACUAUCGUUUAUGUACAUUUUAGUAAUCUCUUACUGUAUGAAACGAAUUGGUAGUUAUAAAAUCUGACAUUCCACCGACUGUUUUUUUGUGGCAGCUGUUUACAAUGUCACUAAAGAUUAACGCGCAAUCAGCCGAUGUUAAAGCCCUUAUCUCAUCUCAGUAAGGAAUCAUUUUCAAUUGCCUCGAAAGCCAAGUAGAUUAAAAAAAAGCCAAGUAGAUUGAUUUUUGUUAGCUUUUUUAACAAUUUCCAGUUACAUUCCAGUCUCGUUUAUUGUAUAUAUGUUAACUUUCCGCGCUGGCACUUAAAUGAUUACUCGAUUUUCGUCUGUCUGUAUCUUAAGUCGGAUACAAACCUGAUAAGCUUUCAUUUUCUGUUGAUUUUGCUUUCGUUAGCAAGCAUUCUUUCAAAUUAAUUCCUAAUCAUUAGAGUUUAAUUAAAAUGUACAUAUUAUAGCUAAAUUAAAGGCUUAGAUUUUUUGG